AUGUCUUCCUGCGAGGGUGAUGCGGUCGACGGCGUGUGCGUCCGCUACGCGUGCAAGUGCGGGCACCUGGCGCCCGUGAGCUCUCUGUUCUUCAGCGAGACGUGCGAGAAGCUGGUGUGCCGCCUGCCGGGCUGCAGCGUGGAGGAGUUCGAGUCGUACUACUGCGGGAACCUGCUGGUGAACCUGCCGUCCAAGGAGGCCAGCAUGUACCAGAACCGCUCGAGCCGCUGCUUCAGCUGCCCCGCGUGCGAGACGGCGCUGUCCACGGCCUUCCACGAGAGCAAGCAGCGUUUCUUCUUCCUGUGCGCGCACUGCCGCUGGGACUCGCUGGAGCUGGGGCUGGCGGACGACGACCUGGACGCGCUGGUCAUGACGGCCAUCACGCGGGAGCGCCAGGCGGCGCACGAGGACGUCUUCCAGGCGCUGCACUCGCACUACUCGACGCUCAGCUCGCUCCAGCUGCUGGCCGACUCGAUGAAGGAGCUGCAGCGCGAGCACCAGAUGAAGAAGUUCAGGCUGCAGAGGAUGGCGGAGAUGGGCGGCUGGAAGUACGACCAGGCCCUGGCGAAGGUGCAGGAGAAGGAGCAGUGGCUGCUGGAGCAGCGGCGUGAGCACCAGUGGCCGGAGCUGCAGAAGCAGCUCACCGCCCUGCAGACCCAAGGGACGUCGUGGGGGGAAGACACGCCUGAGAAGACCCGAGAGACACUGGAGAAACUCGCGCAGACAAGUGACAUGGGGCAGGUGUCGACACUUCACCAACGACUGUUGAAUCCGCUGGAUCAAUCGAGUGAUGCGGAUCGACUUUUCCCCUCGCGCCCGCUGCUUCGGGUGAAGCGCACGUGGCGGUGCGUGGAAUCAAUUGAGCGUGGCACGGCCGGUAUCCUUGUAAAGCCGCAGAUCAGCCCGAUGAGUGGAGAUAGCUCACUGCCCGUAUCCGCGUCGUGGUUCAAGAAGGCGAAUCUGGCGGCGCAGUACGUGCCCGUCGUAACGUUUCAGAGACUGCCGUACAGGGCUGAAGGUGGCGGUGGUGUUGAAUGUGUUUUGCUCGUGGAAAACCCUCUGGAUGAUGCUAUUCGCAUCACAUUCCGCUCUGCCUCUGCAAGUGGAGAAGAGUCAACUGAAAAUGGACAGAUUGUGUUACAAGAUUCGACUCCGAUCAUUGUGGGGCCGUACGAAGAUCCGAACCUCGCAGACGCUUUCAUCGAUGAUGAGCCGCCCUUCGGUGCUAAUGGCGACCAGCACAACGCAAUGCUGCUCCAAGCUACUAGAAACCUUAUCAAGAUUAAGCUCACCAUCGCUGUCAAUUCUACUGCUGAACACCCGAGCUCAACCAUCUCGGCCCGAUUUAUCAUGGAUACAGAAAAGUUUGAUGAAGAUGCGAACGAAGUUAUCGAGAAUUCGCUGCAGAGUGUCCCGGUAGUGAUCACGGCGCCAAUCCCGGAAUAA